AUGAAACCGGCGACGGUGGAUACGGUGUGCAUCGUUGGCAACGCGUCCGUUGCCAUCGGGCUCGGUAGUCACGUGCUGUUCGUGAACUUGAAAACAUCGGCCGAAUCGUACUAUUUGGCCGAUUCGGCUCAAGCAGGCAACGGAGUCGCGUGUAUUGCUGGCCACAAACUUUUUCCUAUACUUGCUUUCGCGGAAUGCUGUCUUAAGCCACGUAUCUUUCUCAUAUCCUAUCCGGCGUUCGCCGUAUUGUCGGUGCUCGAUGGAGAUCAAACCCAAUGCUCCUAUACUGCACUGUGCUUUUCGGAGAGCGAGCUGCUCGUGGCGCUCACUGGUGUGCCGGAUUAUUCGCUGGAGGUAUACGCUUGGCGCAGCAAGGAGCUGCUGUGCAAAAAACCAUCCUCCAUCUACUCCGACCAGCAGCGGUUGAUCUGCAGUCCGUCGGCCGUCUUUGCCGUUUGUCAGUAUGCGAGCCGGAAAGCGGAGUUGAAGUUGUGGGAAGUACAUGGCAACAUCCGGCUGAGUCGCCUGAUUGAACGGUCCAUCGUGCUGGAGAUGCCAAAGGAUCAGUUACCGUUCGGUGUCACUUUUCUGAUCGAUGGAAAUCUGGCUAUUAUAACACAAAAGGCCAAAAUAUCGAUCGUAUCAUCAUCGAGCGGACAGAUUAUACAAACCAUUAAUGCGGAGGAUGCUGAUGCCACGGAAGCGGAAUUUAUUCCGUUCAUAUUUUACUGUAAAGGAGGUUUGUUUGCUAGCGCACCGGAGGGACACGUGAAAUUCUAUCGGAAACAGAAGGGUACCUGGAAUAUGCUCUGGUCGACGCUUGCCGAUGCAUCCUAUGCCCAGCUAGUGCACUAUUCCGCCUCAGAGGGUCUCCUGGGCAUCACGACUAACGGUGUCAUUAUGCGUACCGUCCUGGAUUAUGAUGUGCGUAAUGUGGAGUUCCGCUCGCUAAAAGAUUUAGACAUAGGCUAUGGCCACUGUGCCGGAGUAACGCGUUCUGUAAAACGGAUGGUAGGUGUCAAGGCAGACGGCACGAUUCGGUUGAUGAAUUUCGAUGCAGGAAUCGUUGCCUCGACACUCGACGUCGGUCAGCUACGGUGCAUUGCAAAUCACCCAGUGCACCCAUUGCUAGUGGUUGGCACUGAUGCCGGAGUAAUUCAAAUAAUUGUCAUCAAAGACGGAGAACAGGCGAUUGUAACUGGCAGGUUGCACCUAUCUCGCCAUUCGAUUCAAUUACUGAAGUUUGCCGUUGUCGAUGGCAACUAUUUUGCUGCACUUGACAAAGAAGGUAAUUUCGCUAUUCUGGAGAUUAAUCCUUCCUUCGGAGUAAACGUAGUACAGGUAUUCAAACACCGGCACGAUCUACGGGAACUGUUAUUCUGGUGUAGCAGCGAGGAGGUAUUGAUCGUUGAACCCAUCCAGCCUAACAGCGUUAUCAGCUUCAAGGAAAUCGAAAUCGUCGUAAAGCAGCGUUCCCUGGAGGAGGCUACUAAAACUGUGAUCAUACUGCCUAAUGAAUACACUCGGAUUGUGCCAAAGGCAUCCUCCAACUUGGAGUUUCUGCUGUACGGACAUCGUGUCCGAUCGAACACUGUCGAUGUUCUGGAACUGAAACGAUCCGAAGGGAUGCUUAGCGUUAUCGUAAGGAGUAGUUUCUCGACGCCGCAAUCAGCACUCCACCUUGAGCUCGGUGUGGAUGAUCGUUAUCUGUAUGCUUGGUCACUGGAUGGAAGGAUCGCAUUGUAUGAUGCAUUAGACGAGAAGCUACUAUGCAGUUUAAUGUUUGAUGGGCGUUAUAAUGGAGGAGUACGUCAUGUUUCUUUGGACGUGAAGAAUGAGUUUCUAACUAUCCUUUGCCAUGGUGGGUUGCUAAUUUGCUUGAAGCUGCAAAAAAGCUUCGGUCGAAGCUCUGUGAGACCGUCCCAGGAUACCAUUAAGGCAUUUGAGCGAACACUAUGUGAGCCCGAAAAUACGGCAGAUAAGCUAUCAGUAGCUACGGCGCUACCCGAUGAUAAUCUUCCCUGGGUUGAACGGGAUGAGCAGACCCGAAGCCAAGAAAAGGGGAAAGUAUUCGAACCGGAACAUGAAGCCAUAUUUAGCGAGUUUGUUGAGAUCAAGCAACAACUUAAACAGCUGGUCGAUCGCAACGAAACGGUUCCACCGGAAGAAAGGUUUUCACUGCAGGAAUUUAACCUUAACACGGAAGCAACUGAAGCAAUGACACAGAAGGCGAAUGAAGAGCGGAACGAAGAGAAAUUGCGUCUCCAGAAAUACAUUGUAUCGGAAGGUACCAUUAACCAGCAGCUAAUCGACAAUUGUUGGGCAACUAUGAGCAAAAAACCUCUGAAAAUUAGAUCAAUGUUUAAGCAUUCAUUUGUGGAAAACUAUGCCAUGCUACCAACUAACGAGCUGCGGCACUAUCUGGACAAGGUACGCGUAUAUCGUGAAACGGAGCUAAUGGCCAGCCAUGACGCUUUACUUCCGUGGAAGCCUACGCCAACGUAUCAGUUGGAAUCGAUCCUCAAUCGUGACCCGGACUACGGUAACGUGCUGGACAAUUUGGCUCGUGCCUCGAUCAAGAAAUCGUACGCUUUGUCCGGUACCACGACUCAUCGCUUCUUCGAUCCUUACCCGUUGCGAUACGACCAGCUAGAGGUGGUAACGUUCGAGCAGCUCUACUUUGAGCUGAUUUGUGGCGAUGUGAGUUUCCUUACUUUACGUGUACUGUUUAAUGACAAGUUCGAAAAGAUCAAAACCUUGAAAGAGGAAGAGAUGGACCUCGUAUUGAAGCGCAAUGCUAGGGCAACGUACGUACAGCAGGAGCUGGUUCUGAUAGGCCAGUUGAUGGGUGAUCGCUGUGUGGUCGAAGUGACGAACAUCGAAGAUCCCCGGUACGAACCUGAUGAGCGUCCGGAAACCAUUAUUCGUACAGAGGAUUCGGAAGUACCGGCGGCACCGUACAUUAGCCCGAGUGUUGAACGAUUGCUUGAGCUGGAAGAACUUGAGCGGGAACGACGCAGACAGGAGUUACUUGCGGACGAUUUCAAGGCACGUGCCCUGGUGACCAUGAUGGACGGUGUGCUAGAGCACCGGUGGGAGGAUGAGAUCAAGAAGAGUCUACCGCUGCCACAGUGUCUGGAAAUUGGAAAAGAACCGCAGCACUACAACGAAACAGACAUUCGCGAGGUUAAGGAGUAUGAAGAGGCUAGUGCAGUGUUGCAUCAAGAUCGUCUUCGCUAUCGUCAGAUGCUGCAAGAAGAGUUUCAGGAGCUUGCCGCAAGUCUGGAUCAGCAGAUCAAGCGAUUCAAUACGGCGGUCGCAAAGCUGACGUUGGAGAAAAUCAUUAUCGAGUCGGCCAUCCGGCAGGAGGAGAUGCGCAUUCUAAGAGCUACUCUGUACAACCAUUCGAGAAUGAUCUAUGAGGCAAACGCCGAUCGUUUAAGGGAACAGAUCGACCGGACGGCUAAGUACAUUGACACGCUCACUGAGAUGGCGAAUGAGUUCCAGGAGAAGGCGGCCGACUACCGGAACACGUACGAUACGCUGCGGGCGAAGGAUCGUUUGCUGGAUAAACAGUUCAAGAUCAACUUUUCUGACACCGCCCAGUCAGCGUUAGUCGAUCAGGCAUACAAAAUAUUCAAACGCAGACCGAAAACUCAGCUACGAUCGAUCGUAACCGUGUCGGUGUUUCAGGAUAUGGCAAAGCGGAUUGUCGCCAAAAAGACAGCAGGUACACACGGCAAUCUGUUACUACCACGCGAGUGCCAGGAUUAUCUCGGACACUGUGAGACUCUUGAUCAACCGACCAACUGCCCGGCAGGCAUGGAUGCCAGCCUGUGGCAAACGCUGACCAAAAUGCGACGGAUCAAAAUCGAAAGCGAAUUUAGGCUCAAAAGUUGUGAGUUAAUGUUGUCGGAUGCUGAAGCAGCCAUUGGUGCGCUGCAACGGGAGAUAACGAAUAAACGGAGCGUCCUUACGGCCUUUGAACAAAGCUUGGAAGAGCUACAAAAUGAGAGAUUCGAGGCCGCCACCAACCGUACGGUGCAGCUGGUGAUGAAGCGUGGUUGGAUCGAAAUACAGCAGACUGGCCGAACUACCGACUUUGCCAACUGUGUGCUGAUCCAUCGGACCGAUGUUGAAGACAUCAACGCCAUCAUUCGGCGCGCCGGUGCCAAGAAGCUCAAUGCCAUGGUAAAUGCGGCGCUGUUCCGCCGUAAGAUCAUCUACCAGGAGUGGGAGCACCGGGCGUUGAAGCUACAGCUGCGCGAUCUGCGUGAUCAGCUGGCAACGGUCGAGAAGUGCAAGAUCACCAAGGAGGUGCAGAGCUGGCUGAAAAUGAAGGGUAUGAAGCGAACGGAAGACCUUAGUCAGCUGGCGCUUGAGAAGAAAAUACGCAAUGCGGUGCAGAACGAGGAAGAACUGUUGAUGGAACUGAAAACCUCGCUGGAGGAUAUCGAGCAGCGUAUCGCGGUGAAACGUAAGGAGAAUAAGCUGCUCGAUCAGGAGACACGUGCUCUGAACAUUGACGUUACCGAGCAGCAUUUGCAGCGUGACACGGAGCUAGAACAGACGGAGCAAAAGGCCACCCAGGACCGUAUGGCGGCCAUCGUUGAGCGGGCUCGGUUGGUGCGGUUGGUGCAAGCUCAGCAUACGCACAUCCUCGAGCUCGGUACGAUGUUGGAGUUGCAGCGAUUGAAGACCUACCCUACACUGACGGCAUCGACCAGUGUGAUGACGCACAAUGCCCACCAUUUGCUUAGCAACUAG